AUGUUCUGGAGCGCGUGUCUGCAUAGUGUUUGGCGCGCACUUUGCAGUACAUUGUUGUCAUUCCGGUAUUUACAAGUUUGACGUUCGAGUGAAGCGAUUUAAUGCUAUUUAAUAGGAAUAUAUGCUAUUUUUUAUUUUCUGACCUAUUUUUAAUAACCUGUAAAUUUUAAUAAUCGUGAAGGAAUUCAUCGGUUCGCUAAAUGGCGGCGGAACGGCCAGAUGCACAGGUACCGUUAGUUGUAUGUCUGCACAUGGCAAAAAGCACUUCCUUCAUUAUUUCUCUUGCAAAUCUGCUAUCUUAAAGUAGCAGGAAAUGUGGACGAGGCAUUUCCUGAAGAGGUCAGUCUGUCUCUUAAAAAGGCUGCCUCGUGGACUUCACCAUCGUCCUGUCCUGAGAUACAUCACCUAUGUUCAGGUGCACAGUUCUCUGCUGCAGUAUCCUGGCUGGAGAUCUUCUUGGUGUCACCUCCAUGGAGGAUCCAAAUCUACCAUUUUCUUUAAUUCCUGCAGAACAUUAAAAAGAGAUGCAAAGGCUUCGAUAGACGUUCCUGUCCAUCCCAUUACAGUGACCGAUAUCAAGCAGUAUCUGAGGUCCAAGGGAAUUCCCUUUCACGAUGGUUAUAGCUGCUUACAUGCUAGCAGUAUUUUUGUUGAGCCAAAAACACAAAUACAUGAAGGAGCUAGGAAAGACAGCUACACAAUGUUCAUUGACAAAAUGACUGGGCAGUUUCUCUGUAAAGAGACUCUAGUAGAGGGAAGCUGGGAAGAUCUGCAGGACUGUCUGGAGGUGAUGCAGAAAGAGGAACAAACCUCAAUCAGCCCAGAUGUUUUGUUGAGCUACUCUGAGAGUUUGGAGGAACAGGGGCAGAAGGAGAUGGAACUCAAGGAGGUGCACAGGAUUUGGAGCAGCUCCAUGACUUUCUCAGAUCUCCUUGAAGAGGAAUUGCAGCUCAUCAAAACCAUGUUCCAGAUCAGUAAACUCAGCAACACAACUCUGAAGAAGUUUGGGGUGAGAUUCUUUAAGCCAACUAAAAGUCUUGUGUUUCCCUGGUUUAGUGGGCGAGACUUAAGCCUCCGUGGCAUAAAACUGCUGUCUGCUGCCACUAAAGAUGAUGGCCAAGUGAUGUAUACAGAAGCUAGUAUUCCUAAAUUGUCAAACUAUUGCAACCUCUUUGGCCUUCCCUUAGUAGGACAGAAGGAAACGGAGAUGGUACUCACAGGAAGUGAGAUUGACAGUAUGGCGGUGAGUCAGGCCACUGGCCUGCCUGCUUUGGCCUUGCCACGGGGAGUCAGUUGUCUGCCCCCAGUACUUCUUCCUUACUUGGAGCAGUUUAGAAAGGUCACACUGUGGCUAGGUGGGGAUAUGCGUGCUUGGGAAGCUUCAAAAAUCUUCUCAAAGAAACUAGGAUUGAAGCGCUGUUCUCUUGUGCGGCCAGGAGAAUUUCACCCAUGUCCUAAUGAGGCGCUGGUGCAAGGCAAAAACCUUGCACGUAUUGUUAAGGCCUCCAUCCCUGCUGCUCACAAGUCUAUAGUGUCCUUUAAACAGCUCAGGGAUGAUGUGUUUGGAGAGCUCGCCAAUGUGGAGCAGGUGGCAGGAGUAAAGUGGGCCCGGUUUCCUGAGCUCAAUCGAAUACUAAAAGGCCAUCGGAAGGGGGAGCUAACAGUAUUCACAGGUCCCACUGGCAGUGGGAAGACCACUUUCAUCAGUGAGUAUGCUCUUGACCUGUGUAUGCAGGGAGUGAACACACUGUGGGGCAGCUUUGAGAUCAAGAACGUACGUUUGGCCAAAAUCAUCUUGACCCAGUUCGCUAUGCAGAGACUGGAGGAUAACUUGGAGCGGUACGAUUACUGGGCUGACAAGUUUGAGGAACUUCCACUCUAUUUUAUGACCUUCCAUGGACCACAGAAUGUUAAGACAGUGCUUGACACCAUGCAGCAUGCUGUUUACCUCUAUGACAUCAGUCAUGUGAUCAUCGACAAUCUGCAGUUUAUGAUGGGGCAGGAGAACCUGUCUGUGGACAAGUUUGCAGUACAGGACAACAUUAUUGGGACUUUCAGAAAAUUUGCAACAAACAGUAGCUGUCAUGUGACCCUAAUCAUCCAUCCUAGAAAAGAGGAAGAUGACAAAGAACUUCAGACAGCAUCCAUUUUUGGCACAGCUAAAGCCAGUCAGGAGGCUGACAAUGUGCUUAUCCUUCAGGAGAAAAAGCUUGUUACCUGUCCCGGACGCAGAUCUCUGCAGGUGGCCAAGAACCGCUUUGAUGGGGAUGUGGGGAUAUUUCCUCUGGAGUUUAACAAGUCUUCACUUACUUUCUCAGCACCGGUCAGGAGUAAGCAAAAAUUGCGCAAGGUUAAAGGGGACAAUACUGAGAACUUGGAGACUGAAGUCAAGGAGAAAAUUGAGAAAGUCUCAAAGUCUGCAAAAGAACCUAAAACACCAAAGACACUGAAGGAGCCAUCAACCAAAAAGAAUUAAAUGAAUGGAGAAAGAAGGAGCAUUAGUAAAGAGCAUGAUUGAAUCCUCAGAGAAAGUGAACUUUGCAACACAGCUCAGUAUUUUUGAGCUCAGUUGUCAUACAAAAUGUCGGUAGGUGCUACGACAGGAAAUCUGGUAAAUGUUCGCAUUUUUUGCUAUUAAAUUAGUAAACAGUGAACUGCAAUGGCUCCAGAUGGAAGUUUAGAAAGGAAUAUAAAUGUAUUUGAUGUAUAAUAUUCUGCCAUUAAUAGAUGGAUGUUCAUCAGGAACUGGAAGCAAGGUAAUGUUGAAAUAUUAAAGCACACCAGCUUUUCAAACAGGACAUAACUCUGAUCCUGGAUGAGUAUGACAAAGACAUUGACUUUUUUUCAUUCUUCUUGCAAUAUCCUCAGCAGAGAUCAACCUUUGCUGUUAAGGAUAAACAUUCAAGUCCGUUAUGAGCUCAUUAUCAGAGAUAUGAGUAUUGGCUGAUGCCUGAGUUAAUACUGACAUCCUACAUUAUGCCCUUCAGAACACAAAUGUGAUGGUAACGUGCAUAACAUAAGCUGUGUGCACUGUUGUACAUGAUCUUUGCUUUGUCAGUUAAAACCAAAAUUACAAUAUGAAAUGUGUCAGUGAAUCAGGCUGAAAAGCUGAUCUGAUACCAAGUCAACAUUUCAGGCCUGUAUCAGCCACAAUACUUGUAUUCAGUAUCAGAUCAGUGCUAAAACAUUCAGCAUUCACCUUAUAGUUUUGUUAAAUGCAUCUAUUUAUAGAUGCAAGUAAUACUGAAAUAUGAUUUUAUAUGGAAAUUCAAAAGUAUUAAGUGUAAUAUCUUGUAUAUAGUUAUGUUUACUAAUAAAAUGUAUUUUUUAUG